AUGGCCGAUUUGAGCCAAAAAUUCGAGACACUGCAGCUUCAUGCUGGCCAGGAACCUGAUCCAACCACCAAGGCGCGUGCUGUGCCUAUUUACGCAACUACCAGCUACACUUUCAAUGACUCUGCUCAUGGCGCGAGGCUCUUUGGCCUCAAGGAGUUUGGUAACAUCUACAGCCGUAUCAUGAACCCCACCGUCGAUGUCUUUGAAAAGCGCAUCGCAGCUCUUGAAGGCGGUGUUGCCGCCCUCGCCGCCUCCUCCGGCCAAAGCGCCCAGUUCAUCGCCAUCAAUACGCUUGCCCACGCUGGCGACAACAUCGUCUCAACGUCCAACCUUUACGGCGGCACCUACAACCAGUUCAAAGUGUUCCUGCCGCGUCUCGGCAUCAAGACCAAGUUUGUCGACGGCGACAAGCCCGAGGACAUUGCUGCCGCCAUUGACGACAAUACCAAGGCCGUCUAUGUCGAGAGCAUCGGCAAUCCGCGGUAUAACGUGCCCGACCUGGAGGCCAUUGCCAAAGUCGCCCAUGACGCGGGCGUCCCCCUGAUUGUGGACAACACCUUUGGUGCCGGCGGCUACUUCAUUCGUCCCAUUGACCAUGGCGCCGACAUCGUGGUGCACUCUGCCACCAAGUGGAUUGGAGGACACGGCACCACCAUCGGCGGCGUUGUCGUCGAUUCUGGCAAAUUCGACUGGGGCAAGCAUGGCAAGCGUUUCCCGCAAUUUGUCGAGCCGGCCGAGGGCUACCAUGGCCUCAAGUUCUUCGAGACCUUUGGCAACAUCUCCUUCAUUAUCAGGGCGCGGGUGGAGAUUCUGAGAGAUUUGGGCGCCGCGCUGAACCCAUUUGCUGCCCAGCAGCUACUGCUUGGCAUUGAGACUCUGAGUCUGCGCGCUGAAAGACAUGCCCAGAAUGCGCUGGCUUUGGCUCAGUACCUCGAGAAGAGCCCUUAUGUCAGCUGGGUCAGCUACCCUGGUUUAGAAAGCCAUCCGUAUCACGAGACUGCCAAGAAGUACCUCAAAAGGGGAUUUGGUGGUGUGCUGAACUUUGGUGUCAAGGGCGGUGGUGCUGGCAGUCAGGUCGUGGAUGGCUUCAAGUUGAUUUCCAACUUGGCCAAUGUCGGUGACGCCAAGUCGCUGGCUAUUCACCCCUGGACAACUACCCAUGAGCAGCUCUCCGACGACGAAAAGGCCAGUUCUGGUGUCACCGAGGAUCUCAUUCGUAUCUCGGUCGGUAUCGAGCAUAUUGAUGACAUUAUUGCCGAUUUCGAGCAGUCGUUCAAGGCCGCCGCGGCCGCCACCAAGUCAUAG